AUGUCAAUUGACCCCGAUUCUCGUCCCCCACAACUCCGACCAGGUGGCCGUGCUCUUAUUAGGAAUGUUUGCCGAGACCUAAGAAGAUUGGAUAUUAAUGUUCCCCAAGAGGAAGUUGACCAUGGUCCUCCCCCGUGGCAAACUACUCCUGUAGCAGUUUCCUACACACCCACCUGUAGGAGGGACCUACCCUGCCAACAGAAACGACUAGCCCUUGAGGCCAUUGACAAGGUAAGGUCUUCCAUUCCUGCCUCUCACACCCUCUACGUUGACGGUUCUUUACAAAUAGAUGGAACUGCUGGCUGUGCUGUCUACUCUCCUACUAUGGAACCACCGAAUGAAGGAUGGACUGGACGCCGUCUGCGGGACUGGUCAAGCUCUACCUCCUGUGAACUGCAUGGGCUUCUAGAUGCUGUUAGCCUACUUUUAAGGACCAGAAGCAAUGGACUAGUUAUUUGUGACUCGCAGUCUGCCCUCUGUGCCCUCUCCUCCCCAAAGCCUGAGGCCCGUAGCCUAGUCAAUAACAUACUGCGCCAUCUAGUCACGGCCAUUAGACAUGCACUUGUAAUACAUUUCCUAUGGAUUCCCUCUCACGUUGGAGUAGCAGCUAAUGAUGUUGUGGACCGUCUUGCCAAAGCUGCCUGUAGACUUGCCCUACCUGCGGCAGAUGCCUCGCCAGCAACCCUCUCCCACUACAAGCGGAGGAUACGUACUUCCGCUCAAUUGUCAACCACCCGGCGCAGGAACGUCGAGCGGCCAGCGAGUGUGAGCAUCCAGCACUACGACCACUUCGCCUCUCGUCCCUACAAGUACCGACGCCGCGGUCUGCUGGUAAGAAGACACAAUGUGGUGGCUGCCC